AUGACAGUUUCAGGAACCGGUCGCACGCGAUUGGGUGUGCCGCGCUCGUCCGUCGAACUUCCGGUCUGGUCUCGUCCGCUGCUUGUCUGCACAACAAUCGUCUCUGACGCCGGCAGUGCCGUCCAAGACGCUGCCGCGGAAGGAACGAUCGAAGCGCGAGACGAAGAACGCGGAUUAGCCACGGACAGCGGUGACGUCGACGACCGUGGGGUGCCGGCGUGUACGGUGAUCGCCGACGGCCGACGACCCGAACGCCGUUACGGCGGGACAAAGUUUAACGCAUUUCUCGGAGCCGCGGGGAACGUAUUAAAAUAUCGAAUACGAACAAAUGUCUUUUACCGUUUUCUUUUCGUUAUUUUUGUUUGCAGAUAAUCUUAACGUUAUGCUGCACAGGCCACCCUUAUUGGAUACCGGACAGACAAAAAUCUUGUUCGUUGGCGUUCGUACAAUAGGUACUGCUCGGUACGGCGGAGAGCUAAUAGUUUUAAAUUGGAAAAAGGCGUCAACAGCAAUGGAAGCAGACGCAAUUGUAGAAGGGUUUUGUAACAGCGUAAAUGAGCUGAAGUACAACAAAUUGAUCGGUAAAUAA